AUGACGGCCGAAGGCGUCGAGAUCCCCGAGGGGGUCACGAUCCCGAAGGUCCUGCCGGGGUUCCAGCCAUGGGACCCCACGAAGGCCACGGGGCGCCGCACGCAGCACCUGCGCUACGUGCACGGCGUACCGCAGGUCAUGGACCCGCUGCCGGCGGAGAUUGAGAACGCUGACGAGCUCCUCGCGAGCACGGCGGAGCUCAAACUCAGCAUGCCGAUCGGGGACCCCACCGUCGCCCCCAAGGUCUCCGAGGUCAACCACUGGGGGGACUCAUACCGCCCGCAGACCCCGCAAUGGCUCGCGUUCGACAGGAAGGUCCUCAGGUUCACCGGGUUCUUCAAGGAGCCCGUGGUGGAGUCCGCGAUGGAGAACUUCCGCAUCCGCUACGUGACGCUGUACUUUUACCUCGAGGACAGCACGCUGCACAUGUCGGAGCCGCGCGAGGACAACUCCGGGAUCCCGCAGGGCCAGCUGCUCUCCCGGCACCGCGUCGAGACGGACGACGGCGAGCCCGUCACGUUCGACCGCAUCGUCGUCGGCUCCGAGCUCACCCUCUACGGCCGCACCUACCACAUCACGUCGUGCGACGGCUUCACGCGGUACUUCCUCACCGAGCAGGGCAUCGACGUCGCGCCGGACGAGGAGCUCCCCGUCGACCCGUUCCGCACGGCCGCGGCCAACCGCACGGAGACGCAGCACGGCCGCCGAGACCCCAACCGCUGGCGCGAGCAGCUGCAGCAGUUCUUCGCGUACGACCGCAAGGUCCUGCGGUUCUUCGCGCUCUGGGACGACAGCGAGAGCCUGUACGGCGACAAGCUCGCCUUCUCCGUGCUGUACUACCUCGCGGACGACACGAUGUCGGUGUCGACGGACCCGGAGUCGCACAAGCACGGGCGCGACCCGUUCCCGCAGCUGCUCCGGCGCGGGCGCGUGCCGAAGGACCACACGAUGAUGUCGACGUACACGCCGCGCCCGCUCCCGGCGUACCGCUGGACGGACCUCUGCAUCGGCGGCUACGUCAACAUCUUUGGCCGGAAGCUCUUUUUGUACGACUGCGACGAGUUCACGCGCGCGUGGUACAUCGAGAAGGGCGGCAUGGGCGAGGCCGACAUGGCGCCGAUCGACAUCCGCGACCGCGUCGACCAGCCGCUCAAGGUGCCCGUGGCCUCGGUCGCGCCGGACUGGUACGGCAUCGGCAGCGAGCGCGACCAGAUGCAGUCCGUGCUGCGCCUCGUCCCGAAGCCCCCGAAGCCGAGCUGGACCAAGUUCCUCAACUACGACGGCGUCGCGCUGCGCUUCGUCGGGCGCAUGGUCGACAUGGAGGGCCUGGCGCCCGUCGGGCCGGCGGACGAGGAGCGGCGGUUCGUGCUGAGCUUCUACCCCGCGGACGACACGGUGGGGAUCUACGAGCCGCCCGUGCGGAACAGCGGGAUCAUGGGCGGCAAGUUCAUGGAGCGGCGGAGGCUGCAGAAGCCCGACUCGAACGGCGAGAUCUACGCCGUGGACGACUUCUACGUGGGCGGGCUGGUGGUGGCCGGGCGGCGCUGCUUCGAGCUCGUCGAGGCGGACAAGUUCACGGAGAAGUGGAUGGCGGAGAACCGCGGGGGGGGGGAUGACGCGGGGGGGGAGGCGGCGCCCGCGGAGGAGUAG